AUGCAAAAUGUGCAGGGCAGGCAGGCACACAGGCAGGCCGGCUCCAGCUCGCAACAGCAACGACGAGCUUUCCCCCAAACGGCUGACAGGAAGCGCGUUCUGGACCGAUGCCCUCCUCGCUACUAUUUCUCCUUCCCUGCCUCGCGCGCCUGUGCAGCUUGCCACUCGCGGCGCCUCGCCGGGGUCGCCUUGUCGGGGCCUGGGCGCUGCGAGCAAGUGGGAGGGUUCGUGCCACCCUUGACAGAUGCUCGCCAGCAGGGUCGCGGCGGCUCGCUGCUGUCAGAGCGGAAGGGGUACGAGGUUGGUGGCAGGCCGGAUCGGCUGGGUGCUGGGCAUUGUAGCUCGAGGCCAGCGAGGAACCGUCGUCGCAAGCAGCAGAGGUGGCCGCCUCACCGGCUGUUCCAGUAAGCGAGAAACGGAGUGUGUGUGUUUGUCUGUAUGGUUGUCUGUAUGGUUUUCUCCCCGGGUGCUGCAGCUCCCGGCAGCCAGGCCCCGCUGCUGCACG